GACACGCACGAGCACGACAUUACUAGUUGCACACCAACUGUUCGACGAAUUGCCUCAGAGAAUUUUUAGCUUAUUAUGGAGGGAAAAGACUGGAAAGCUUCCUCUUCAAGCGAAGAAGAAGCUGGUUUUGGACUAGAUGAUGACGAAGAGUUUCAUUCUGGUGGUUCAGGAUCCAAGUUACAGUUCAGAGUUGGAUCUUCAAAGGCUCGUUGGGUUACAGAGUUAGCAAUGGCUGAAGUUGAGGUUAAAAGAGGGAAGCUUUGGACAACAACAGGACUCAUUCGUAGUGGGAAGACAUACUGUUUCAUAGAAGAGGCUUUGUACUUGAGUGCGAUAGGAGAGUUGCAGGUCUUAGGUAGUGAAGAUGAUGAAGAUGUGAUCUCAUUGAAGGGCUUGUAUGAGAAGAUUGCAGAGGAAAAAAGCGGAUGCUGUUGGGAAAGCUACGAGGUUUAUAGAUACUUGAAGGGUUUAGGUUACAUUAUAAGAAGGCAUGGUGUUCCUUGGACGUCAAAGGAUGGUGUCAUUACGACACCAAGUGGUGAAGAAGACAAGGAUGAUGUGACUAGACUCUUGGGGGAUAUGCAAAUACAGUGUGAUGCAAGAGCGGUGUUUGAUGUGUAUUUGCCAAAUAGCCGGUUCAAGAAGUCUUCUCCUGGUGAACCGAGUUUUGUGGCUUGUUUCUCUGGGGACUCUCCACCUAGCAAGAAAGAUGUUAAGGUCCUGCUAAGCCGUGUAGCUGCACCGUUAAUGUUCUGUCAUAUAGCUCAGGGCCGUGUGAGUUUCUUUUCUUUCGGGUCCAUAGACCUCCCUGUCUUACCAUAAAUGUAACCAAGAAAACAAAAUGGAAUGAUCUUGUAUUCAUAAGACAGUCACAAACAAACUGAGAGUUCACAUACACAAACUUUGAUGUUCGUAUCCAUGCAGUAAUAUGUACUACAACUUUAUGUUUUUCAACAAGGCAUUAGUAAGAAACUUAUAAAGAGAUACCAAAAAACUGGAAAGACAAAAGCUUCAUUAAGUGGGAUAGCUUGUACCCUCGUAGAUAGAGAUCUAUGGAUACAAGUCCUUGUAUGUUUCUUUUAUCGUGGUUUCUGUAACUUUAGUGGUGUGGGAGUAUUACCUGCAACUCAUCAAGCGUUCAUAAGUUAGAGAAAGCGAAGACCUAUUCAAAUGUUUGCUUAUAGCCUGCUACGUAGAUGGAAUUUUGAUUUCAUCUCAGAAGAAACUCCAGCCACUGCUUGAUCAUGAACAUUGUAAGCAAGACUUAGUGCUGUCCCAAGAAUGGUGAGUUGAUCUCCAAAAUCCACAGCUACUUCUACUCGAUCGCCGGUUUCUAAGUUUAAAUCUUCACUUAAAAAGUGUCCUUGCCAGAUGUGUCUUUCACGAUACAAACGAAUGUGAUCUGUGGCUGGCUUGCGACUCCAUACGGUUCCUUUGGUUUGAUUCUUCAGUGUGAUCUUUGGAGAAUAUUCAGACAUCACGUUGUUUUGCUGACUCAUAUAUGGUGUCCACACGGUAAAGCCAACCGGAUCAAGGUCCUGAGUUUCAGGCACCGUAAAAGUGAUUGAAUUGGUCUCAUUCUUGAAGCUCACCCAGUCUGGAAGGCUGCAUCCUGGGAUAAAUAUUCCUCCAUUGGCACUCACAGCCCAACCCUAUAUAACACACAGACAAUCAUAUAAUCACAGCCAAACACUUUCCUAUAGACCAUAACUAUUAGUAAAACAGUCCAAGGUUGC